AUGGAAGAAUAUCCGUGCUUAAUAUUUGACACAGACUUACUUUUAUUGGAUCCAAAUCUCGAUAAGACGUUGAUCCCGCUGGUACCAUGCAAAGAAUUUAUCUAUGACACGAGUAUGUUUCCUCGUACAAUUGUUUCUGAAUGGAAUUUGGUAUGUGAUCGUCGCUGGCUUGUUCACGCAUGUCAAGUUGUAAUGAUGUGGGGAAUACUCGUUGGAGGAAUAUUUUUCGGUGUUGUGGCUGAUAAAUAUGGAAGGCGGACACCUCUUCUUAUUGCAAUUGUUAUUGAGGGCGUAGGCGGCUUAUUAGCUAGUGUUAUACCCUGGUUUUGGGUUUUCCUAAUUAAUUGGUUUAUUCUCGCAAUGGCUAAUGGUGGUAUCAGUCUUAUAGCCUUUGUACUAUGUAUGGAGGUGGUGAGUGGAAAAUGGCGAACUAUUAUUCCAGUUCUUCAUCAACUUCCUUUUGGUCUUGGUAACGCAUUGAUGGCAGGAUUGGCGAAUUGGCUUAGAGAUUGGAGGAAGCUAGAGCUUGCUUUGGGAUGUUUUACUUCAUCAUUUAUACUGUUUUGGAUUUGGAUACCGGAAUCUCCGAGGUGGUUGAUAGCAUCAGGCCAAAUGGAUAAAGCAUUAGAAAUUCUCGUACAAGCUGCUAAAAUGAACAGUAGAGAAAUAAGCGUCAAGGAAAUUAGUCGAUUAUUAAGUAAACAUGUUAAUCCAAUGGCCAAUAAAAGUGUUCCAACAUUUUCAGCCUUCCUCAAGUCUAAGAACAUGAGAAUGAAAACAAUUUUGUUAUCAAUGAACUGGUUUUGUACGGGAUUAUCUUUUUACACCUUCGCGCAAUAUUUGGGUUCAAUAGGAAGAGAUAUUUUUAUAGCUGUGGCCGUUACUGGGAUCAUAUCUUCUUUAGGAGGAUUAACUUGCGUUUAUGUAGUUACUAAAGUUGGACGGAAAACUGCUUUGGGGUUAUAUCAAGGGAUCACUGGUAUUUGCUUCAUUUUACUAUUAUUACAGCCUGAAAGCAAGUUAAAGGCCAACUGGGCGAGACUGUUGUUUGCGGGAAUAGGCUUUGGUGGAAUGGCGGGUACUGUUCCAGUGUUAUAUCUAUAUUCAGGAGAAAUCUUCCCAACCUUGGGGCGAAAUUGUGGCUUGGUCGGAGUGUCAACUUUCGCUCGAGUAGGUUCUAUGAUUGCUCCAGUGAUGCUUUUAUUGGAAGGAUUCUUAGCAGGAUUUCCUCUUCUUAUUUUGACAAUUAUUUCAAUAUGUCAAAUGUUGAUGAUACUACCUUUGCCUGAAACGAAAAAUGUUAAUUUACCUGAUACAUUAGAAGAGGCAGAAAAGAUAUAG